AUGGCAAACAGUAGUACGAUUCCAAGUGAUUUGACUACUGAGAUCUAUUCAAUGUCUAGUGCACCAGUAUGGACAGUUCCAGAAGGUCCGACUACAACCUCGGAUGAUCCCAUGUUACUAUCGAAUAAAAAUAUGAAGCUGCAAACUUUAAAUACAUCUGCUAAUUCACCUAUAUCUAUCGCCGACGAUCCUCCGCCAAACUAUUUUGAUAUAUCAAAUGUGCCUAAUGGAGCUAUUUUAUAUUAUAAUGAUGUUGCUCCAUUUACAGAAGUGUCUAAAGCGGCAGCAGAACGUAGUUGGAAAGGCGUUCUUUCGUUAGAUCAACUUAUUGAUAAAAAUCCCGAUCAAUUAUGGCUUUAUUUCAUGACUUAUCUUAAUGAGAAACCGGGAUUAGUAAUCAAUAUUUGGGGUUCUUAUACAGAGUAUUACACAGAAACGGAGACUUAUAAUGACUCUAGUGGUAACUCGCAAAGUAAUACUGUGACAAAGUCUCGCACUGUGAAUGAAUUUACUUGCGCCAUUGAUCUACAGCCAUACAUUUGUGAUCGUUGGUGGCGUGUUGCCGCUAUGGCUUCGGCAAAGGCAAACAGGGCUGGCGACGUCAUUACAUUAAGAGACGUUCUUGAACAAUAUACACUUUCAAACAAGAAAAUUAAAGAAAUCACCCUACGAAAGCAACUACACGGCUGGAAUUUGGAAGACCUAAAAGCAAAACUUAUUGCGUUAGUUCGUUCCACUGGUUAUAGAAAUGAUAUUCAUGUCGCUUACAAUAAACGCAAUUAUAAAAUUAUCGCUCGUUCAUCUUCAACACUUAGCCGUUUUGCUAAUUCAUUAUUGAAUCAACUAUCGAAUUGUUCAUUAGAACAAUGCAAUGCAUAUUUAUCAAAUAAUUCAACUUGCCGUUUACAAUCGACACCUUGUUUUGAUUAUCGUACAUCGAAUAAUAUGAGUUUUUGUGCUCCAGGAAUUCAAUGCUCAAUCUUAGAACCAUGUAAUAAUACUUGUUCAUCAAAUCAAUCUGUCUNAUUUUCAUUAUCUGUUUCAUCUCAUUCUGGACAGAAUCAACUAUCGAAUUGUUCAUUAGAACAAUGCAAUGCAUAUUUAUCAAAUAAUUCAACUUGCCGUUUACAAUCGACACCUUGUUUUGAUUAUCGUACAUCGAAUAAUAUGAGUUUUUGUGCUCCAGGAAUUCAAUGCUCAAUCUUAGAACCAUGUAAUAAUACUUGUUCAUCAAAUCAAUCUGUCUGCAUUAUUAAUUCAUGUUGUUCACCAAAAUCUGUAUGUAUACCAGUAAUAGCAACAAGAUUCUGUCGGCAAGGUUGGUUUUCUACUGGUAAUAUGACAAUUGCACGAUGGGGACAUACUGCAUCGAUAUUAUCCGAUGGAAAAGUGUUAAUCAGCGGUGGAUCGAAUAAUAGUGCUCAUUUGAACAACGCGGAGCUAUACGAUCCAUUAACAGGUAUGUGGACACGAACGGGCAAUUUGAAUUAUACAAGAUAUGAACAUACAGCAACUGUAUUAACGAAUGGAAAAGUAUUAGUUAUUAGUAAUUUUUUCAACAUUCCUGAAUUAUAUGAUCCAGUAACAGGUUUAUGGACACCUACUGGUAAUAUGAUUAAUGGUCGUUAUAUGUACACGGCAUCUCCGUUAAGCAAUGGAAAGGUGUUAGUAGCUGGAGGGGCAGGGGUGACUGCUGAAUUAUAUGAUCCAUUAACAAACAAUUGGACAUCAACUGGUAAUAUGACCUAUUCACGAUAUCUUCACACGGCAACGGUUUUAUCUAAUGGAAAGGUUUUAGUGACUGGAGGUAUUUUCGGAAAUAUUACUUUGAAUACUGCUGAAUUGUAUGAUCCAUCGACAGAAAUAUGGACACUGACUGGUAAUUUGACUUAUACACAUUAUCAACAUAAAGCAUCUGUACUAUCCAAUGGUUCCGUAUUAAUAGUUCAAGAAUGGGGAUGGUGGGAUUAUUUAAACAAAACUGAAUUGUACGAUCCAACAACUGGUACAUGGUCAACACCUUUUACUGAUUUGGCUAGUGUACAAUACAUACGGAUAAGAGCUGUAUUUCCUGAUGGAAAAAUGUUAAUAACUGACGCUGUUAAUACUGAUCAUUUGUAUGAUCCAUCGACAGGAAUUUGGAUGUCGCUCGGUAACAUAUCCGAUAUGCCACAAGGAUAUACACCAUGUUUAUUAAACGAUGGGAAACUUUUAGCAAGUGGUGGAUUUAAUAUCAACAAUACUGUUACAACGAAUGCAUCGUUAUUUUACUAG